UGGUGCAGGGCCCCCCAGAAGUGCGGGGCCCUAUUGGGCCCAAUUGGUCCAAUAGGCCUAAGGCCGGCACUGCCUGGCAUGUAUUUGUUAACGAUACCCAUUUGCGAAUGUUAAAUUGUGUUUAUUGGUGUAAUUAGUUCUAUAGUGUUGCUUGAGACAACUACACAGUGAGCUUGGAAAACUGUGAAGCUUAAAUGCAGUGAAAUUCUACCCAUCAUUUUCACCAAAUCUUGAAUAGGCUCAAAAACGUAAAAAAGUUGCUUAAAUUUGAAUACAAGUUGGGCCGGAACUAAGGGCAGGCACGUUCCUCAAAAGCAGCCAACCCCUAGUCCGCCAAUCAAAAAGGAAACGCACGCGCGUCCUCCUUUGGGGACGGUUGCGCACGGGCGUCUUCCUUUGCGCACGGAUGCGCACUCGCGUCCUCGUUUACGCACGGCCGCGCGGGGGAGCACGACGUGCCCGGAUGUGUUGCUCGGCACUGGUUCUGGAGAAACCUGGAAACCAGAAAGCAGCGUUCUCUGCAACUGAGCUCUAAGCAGGUGCCCUCUAGUGGCGGUCGCGCUGGAUUCCAUCUCACUUGGUUACCAAGACAAACAAAUGUUAUGAGCAGCACGCCUGGCUGGGGAGACACAACGAGAAAGUGCUCGCGGCGAAUAUGCUGAGGACCAAAAAGAAAACUAAGAAGAAAACCAUUAAAAAAACAUCUUCAACAAAUGUGAAAAAGGAGUCGAUUCCUGAAGCGCAGCUUCCCAAGAGAGUUCCUGGAGAAAAGCUUUUAGCAGCUCUGCAAGAAUGGAAAUAUGUAUUGCAAGCCCAACCAGUGUCCAGAACGAUCACAGAAAUGGAAAGCAAUAAUACAGAGCAGGAUAGCAAAGAGCUCAGGCUUGUUUUCAAGUGUGUUGAUGUCCAUAAAACAGGAUUCCUAAAUGCAAGUGAAGUCCAGAGUGCUCUAGAGUUAAUGGGAUUUGUAAUAAAUGAACAUGGUGAAGAACGUAUCAAGAAAUGGAUGGAUUUAAAUAAAGGGAGUCUUGGAUUUUGUGGGUUUCAGGAGCUCAUUGCAGAUUGGCAUGGUGUAACCAGGGAUUUCUACAAGGAGCUCAAGAAAGGAUUUUCUAUGAUUGAUCAUGAUAAAGAUGGAAAAAUUACCAUAAGUGAUUUGAGUGCAGCCUCCAAGAUGGCAGGAAUUCAUUUGUCACGCCAGGAGCUUGAAGAGAUGAUGGCAGAAGCUGAUCAAAAUGGAGACCAUGCCAUUGACAUUAGUGAAUUUAUUGAAAUUAUGCUAAAAACCAACCUGUUUUAGAGACAGAUUAUUCAUAGUCAGUCAACAGCAAUAUAAACUCAUUGUUAGUUUGUCAUAUACAGCACAGAAAUAGGAAACAAAUUACUUGCAGUUAUUAUGUGUCUGGGUGACAGAAUACCAUGAAAUGAAGAAUGCUUGCCUUCUCCUGACCACAACAAUGAUGUUGCAAAUUAAAUAUAGAUAUUAGCCUAUUUGAGAUAACUAUUGGCUGCUCUGCAUAUUAGCACUCAUUUUCAAAGCAAGUAGAUGACCACAAAUAAGAUUUCCAGUGUAAUUGCAGGAACCAGUAUAACAGCGUGUAUCACAUCCCAUAUGCGAUUGACCAAUGUGGACACACACUUCUGAUUUGGUGUGUUCUAUUGUGCUGUCCCCUCUUACAGCACAAUAUUGCAAACUUAAAACUUACAAUCUAAGAUGCCUAUCAUAUUAUACUCAUUAUGGUCAAUUUUAUUAGGAACCAAUUAAUUAAGUGUGGGAGGAAACUGAAGUAGCUGAAGGAAACCAAUGCAAUCAUUGGUAUACAGAUGGUUUCGCACAACAGGCCCCCGAAAUCUUCAACAUUAUCAGUAGAGAGGCAGAGAAUUAGCUGGAUACUUUGGAUUUUAUUACGGGGACUUGGGGCACUUGACAUGCUUAAAAGUA